CUGACAGCCCUGACGACUCAACUGCUUCCAAGUACCACCCAACAACAGCUACCACCACUAUCUGCUUCCUAAAUCUCUAACUAAUUUCUCUGCCCACAUUAGUAGUGCUGCUUCCAUUGACUCCACUCGCCGCGGUAGACAUCUGUCCCACAGACGGCUUCUUAUCUUGCCGCCUGAGCAUGGGCGUGAAAAGCCUCUGGUCGCUUCUCGAGCCGGCGAGACGAACCAUUCCGCUAGAAGAUCUCGAGAACAAGACCAUCUGCGUGGAUCUCUCCUAUUGGAUCGUUCAAUUCUCCGCUAGCUGCCAAAACGGCCCAUCGCAGGCCGGCGGCCAGACCAAUCAGAAGCCACACCUUCGCGGAAUAUUCCACCGCCUGCGCGCUCUGAAAGCACUCAACUGCCACGUCAUAUUUGUUACAGAUGGCGACGUGCCAGCUGUCAAGCGCGCGACGUACCAGCAGAGGCGGGCAGACGAUGCCGCCACGUCACACCCUCACUGGCGCCGAGCAGGUCGUGGCAGAGGGGCAGUGGCAGCAACAGCAGCAGCGGCAGCAGCGGCAGCAGCGGCGGCAGCGGCGGCUGCAGCUACUACUGACGCUGACGCACCCUCUAGUAGCAGGCCCCCCCGCGCUCCUGAGGGCGCGCUGAAGAGGCGGAGGGGGACAGAGUUUGCGCGCAUGGUGAACGAUGCGAAGGCGCUGGGGGCCGCAUGGGGCGUGCCGUGCAUCGACAGCCCGGAAGAAGCAGAGGCGCAGUGCGCGCUGCUCAACGCAUCUGGCGUCUGUGGAUAAGUUGUCAUGGAAGAGUAGCAGCAGCGUAGGAAGGUCGCGUUAGCAAAAAACUGACAGUUAGAAA